UUGCAGGAGCUAAAGACUCAAUCCAGGAAAAGAUGGACAAUUUUAGGAAAUACCUACUCAUGAUCACAGUUGGUGUUAUGGUCAUAGCUUUUGUCUUUACCUGUUUUUAUUUUCUCCAUUAUAAUUGUUUGAGUGAUGAUGCCUUUACAGGAGGAAUAGUCAAGAAAGAUGGUGUAGCAGCCAAGUCAUCCAAGACAUCCAAGCGAUCCAAGCCAUCCAAAAUGUCAUUCAGUGAAUCCAAGACACCCAGCCUGUGCAGUCCAGGAAAACAAUCCAUGCUGUCCAGUAUAGACAAGAUUUCUGAGCCCUCGGGUCCAGAAAAGUCAUCCACACCAUCCAGUGCAGAAAAAUUAAUCAAGCCCUCAGAUUCAGGGAAAUUAUCCAGGUCAUCAAAACCUCAAAAACUAUUCAGUUCAUCUUACCCCAGAAAAUCAUAUAAUACACACAGUAUAGAAAAGCCACACAAGCUAGCCCAUGCCCAUAAGGUAGCCCAUCAAGUCCAUUCAUCCUAUCCAGAUAAGCCAAUCAGGCCACCUUGGCCAGCCAGUUUACAGUAUUCACCCAGGUUGACCAACCUACCUUGUCCAUUCCAACCAAAAUAUCCAAUGUUGCCAACCAAGGCAUUCGGUCUACACCAAUUGGUCAAGUCACCCAGACAUCGUAAUCUAAAAAAGUCAGUGAGCUUAAGGAAGGCAAUUAUAUUACCUAGGCCAAAAUUAGCUCAGAUUUGCCAACACUAUGGGGAAAGAUGUCUUGUUUGUAAAGCUUCUUCAGAGUCUUUGGUCAGUAUUUCUGGGGUAAAGAGCAAAGAUGCUCAAAACCCAGAUGUUUCUGGGUCCUUUCAUAAGGUAGAUUCCAGGGACAAUGUAUACUAUGAUAAUGUAAGUGAGAGUGAUACAUAUGACAGUGAUGACAGUAAUAGGGAGAUAACCAUUAUUUGCAACAUAACAUACAAUGAAAUCCUUCCUAAAGACAUCCCACAUGGUUAAGGGCUCAACAAAAAAUAAAAUCCAAUUGUG